AUGGAGACAUCGUUCGAAGAGAGAGCGAUCGCUGCUCCAAGGCCCCGACUUAAUUUGAUCCGACGGGUCAAGAAAAGGUCGAGGAGCGCGAUGGACACUGGUCGUCUGACUUUCGCCGUCGAGUAUGUGGAUGUAGCAGACAACCCACUAAGGUUAGAAUCUCCUAGCUCACAAUUCGGGCUUCACAACCGAAUGGAUAAUGUCAUCAAGAAAUACGACGUUGCUCUCAAGAGGUCACGGAGACUGAAUGUAGUCAAGUUCUUGGCGAUCGAGAAAAUCAUGAGAGAAAGGGGACGGGCAUUUGAUGAGCCCGCUGUAGCCGUGAAACGAAGGGACGGUGUGGUUUCCCGGCUGCAAGGGGAGAGGAUGAGGGUGGACCUCCUGGAGAAAAAUCUGGCCCUUGCUCAUGAAGCCACAGAGAAGGCUUUGAGGGAGAAGACCAUGCUGGAACAGGAGAAUAAUAGGCUCCAGCAAGAGAAAGCUUUGCUAGUCGAGGAGAUGGCUUGGGAAAUGGCUCGGCUAAAAAUAUCCCAAAUCCAUGGGCUACGAAGGAGAGAGUGA